AUGAGUUUAUUUAAGGAAGUUAAGAAUCUAUUAGAUACAGAAAAAGAUAAAAUGGCACAAGAGUAAUAUAAAUAAUAUCUUUAAGUACAUAUGAUGAAUUACUUGAUUUACAAAGAGAAAAUUAUGGAUUCUAUGAAGUAAAUGAAGAAUUCUUCACUAAUACACAUAUGAAAUUAGAUAAAUACCUGAAAAAAAUUAAGGAUACAAUAGCUAAAAAUACAAAAAACAUUGAGAAUUUUAAAAAGGCUUAUGAUUUUGGAAGUAUGCUUAGUGUUAAAGAAAAAUUUAAAUUGUUGAGCAUUGAUAAAUUUUACAAAGGAUAAGGUAAAUUACCAAAAUGGUUUGAUGAAUAUAAAAUGGAUUAACUAGAAAGAGCAAGAGAGUAUUUAAAUAAUUUUGCUUUACGUUCUUAUAGAAAUAGAAUUAAUGAGACAGUAAUGGCUUAAAGAAAAUGUCUUGAAAAAAAAGUACUUAAUUUAAUUGAUGAAAUUCAUAGUAGUUAUAAUAAAGACAAUAAAUUGAAUCCACCUAUUUUAAAAAUUCAAGAAUUAUAAAUUUGUAAUUAAUUAAAUUUAUGUGUAUUAGUACUUGAAGAAAUGUAAGAGUAUGAUCGUAUUAUAUCUGAAUUAGUUAUAGUUAUUAUGCAUUAGGUAGAUGAAGCAUGUGAAAAAAUAGUCAGAAACUUCCUUGAAUUUCAGUCCAAAUGUGAUGCUCUUUAUAAAUGA